UGGGCGGGCGCAAGGGGCAGACUGGGCGGGCGCAGGCGAGAGCCUAGCAGACUGCUCUGCUCCGCACGCCGCCAGCAGCAUCGAGGCAGCAGCAGGUGAAGCAGACGCGGCUCUGCCAGGCGCGUGGUAUCUCCUGGGGACUGGAGUGCAGACGGGGGCGGGGGCCGAGUGGGCCCGGUGCAAACCCUCUGGGAAGCUGGGCCCCCUACCUCCCCUUGGCCCCGCGCAGACCGUCACACUGGAUCUGGGGGGCAUCCUGCCCCACUGUGGACCUCAGUCUCCUCACCUGAGACAUGGGCAGCCCCAUCCUCACCCUGUAAGCUGCGAACCGAGGAGGCGUCAUCCCUGAAGUGUAUCGCUUAGUUCAAGUUUUGGAAUCUUUUCACAGCCACCAUGAACACCUCUUACCUCCUGGCCUUGCUGCUUACAGGGUCCCCACAGGGUGACAACAGAAGCAAGCCCCUGGACGUCCUAUACAACUUCUCUGACCAUUGCCAGGAUUCCGUGGAUGUGAUGGUCUUCAUCGUGACUUCCUACAGCAUUGAGACCAUCGUGGGGGUCCUGGGCAACCUCUGCCUGAUGUGUGUGACUGUGAGGCAGAAGGAGAAGGCCAACGUGACCAACCUGCUCAUUGCCAAUCUGGCCUUCUCCGACUUCCUCAUGUGCCUCCUAUGCCAGCCUCUGACCGCCAUCUACACCAUCAUGGACUACUGGAUCUUCGGAGAGACCCUCUGCAAGAUAUCGGCCUUUAUCCAGUGCAUGUCGGUGACGGUCUCCAUCCUCUCCCUCGUCCUCGUGGCCCUGGAGCGGCAUCAGCUCAUCAUCAACCCAACAGGCUGGAAGCCCAGCAUCUCGCAGGCCUACCUGGGGAUUGUGCUCAUCUGGGUCGUUGCCUGCGUCCUCUCCCUGCCCUUCCUGGCCAACAGCAUCCUGGAGGAUGUCUUCCACAGGAACCACUCCAAGGCUCUGGAGUUCCUGGCGGAUAAGGUGGUCUGUACCGAGUCCUGGCCACUGGCUCACCACCGCACCAUCUACACCACCUUCCUGCUCCUCUUCCAGUACUGCCUCCCACUGGCCUUCAUCCUGGUCUGCUAUGCACGCAUCUACCAGCGCCUGCAGAGGCAGGGGCGUGUGUUCCACAAGGGCACCUACAGCUUGCGAGCUGGGCAGAUGAAGCGGGUGAAUGGGGUGCUGGUGGCGAUGGUGGUGGCCUUUGCCGUGCUCUGGCUGCCUCUGCAUGUGUUCAACAGCCUGGAGGACUGGCACCAUGAGGCCAUCCCCAUCUGCCAUGGCAACCUCAUCUUCUUGGUGUGCCACUUGCUUGCCAUGGCCUCCACCUGCGUCAACCCAUUCAUCUAUGGCUUCCUCAACACCAACUUCAAGAAGGAGAUUAAGGCUCUGGUGCUGACUUGCCAGCAGAGCGCCCCCACAGAGGAGUUGGAGCAUCUUCCUCUGUCCACAGUGCACACGGAAGUCUCCAAAGGGUCCCUGAGGCUAAGUGGCAGGUCCAACCCCAUUUAACCAGGUCUGGGGCUUCUCCCUGCCCUGUCCCUUGCCUUUCACUUAGCUAAGUGGGAACACUGCAAGCUGGGGUGGCACCCAGCAUUCCUGGCUUUCUGUGGCCUAGAUAGGCUGGCAAGAGCCAUUUUUGCAUCCAUUCAUAUCAUAAGGACUGGCAUUCUGAUGCUUCAGCUGUUUGUUCCUGGGAGAAUUCUAAGCACAGAUUCCAGAGGUCACAGUAAGCCUUGCAGCUUGAGUUGAAAGAUGCCAGAGCUGGAGAUGUCUGCUGGUAGCAGGCAGGGUUCAUUCUGGUGACACAGAAACAGAUGCCUGGCCUGGGAACCCAGGGAUUUCACCUCCACCAGUGAGACCACGGGCCACUGUGAGGGGAGGGAAGGUGCGCUUGGAGUCAGAGCUUUGGACCUUGGUCAACUCCUUGCCUCUGUGAGAGAUGGUGUUUCAGAAGUGGUAAAGAAUUCUGCAUAUGCAAAGCAGUGGGAUUACUGUCAUAUCGCUAGAGCAUCCAGCUGAAGAGAACGGAUCCGCUAGUCUUGGGUCACAGCCUUCUGCAGCGGGAACUCUAGGACUCACUUCCUACUCCAUCCCUUUUCUCUAUCACUGUGUCUUCCAUCUUACAUGGAAAUCAGCCUGCAAGUUCCUCUCCUCGAUGAGAUGUGAGCACCUUGCAGGGGAAAUCCAUAUCAUCAUGGAGCUUAUGUCCUACAUGCCAUGAACAGGCCCUGACACAGGGAGAGAGCUCCAGGGGGGUUUCCCAUGGUGGGUUGAUGGUCAAGGUGCCAUUCACUGCUGAAUGUUUGGUGCUGGACAGGAGUCCAGAAUGGGAAGGGGCCAGGGCUUAGGCUGCUAUAGCCACAGUCUCCUGCCUGCCCUUCCUCGCCUCUCAGGACCUCAUUUGAUAUGGCAGCUGGACUGAGACUCUGUGGCUCUCCCCACUGUUGACCCACUACAGAGGCCUCCAGAAUUCAAGGCCAAGGCUGCAGCCUCCUUCACUCCAUGUUCUGACCACUGAGCUGACUUGCCCCAGAUAAUGUGCCACGAAUCUUCCAAAGCUUGCCCAGGAUAUUGGACAUCCCAGUGGCCUUCAGUAGGAUCAGGGCAGGGAGUCCUGGGAGUCUGACUUCAGGGGGCACUGGCUGAAAAAAGCAGGGGUCCCCUUCCUCCAGCCAGCCAGGAUAAAAAGAGAAGGGGCUCCAAUGAGUGUGAAUAUCUUACUUUGGGGGUUAUGGCCCAGUCCUCUGGAUGCUGAACCAGGCCCAAGGCAUCAUCUGUGUGUGGACCAGACAGCCUGUCCUUGCAGGGAAGGAAAGGUCAAGACUGCUCCUGGGCUGCCUUGGAUGGGAUGUCUCUGCAUGGCUCUGUUGGCUCAGACUUACCCUCCAGCAGAAUGGACAGUGGCUGGCCAACUAUGUCUUCCCAGGGCAGGGUGUUCAUGUGCUGUCCUGAGGGGCUUCAUUGUGAGGUGGCAUUGGUUCUGCACAGGGGGUCUGGCACAGGGCUCUCACCCCUGACCAAGAACCCGUGUAGCUGACACCAAGACAAGUGCUCUUUGAGCCAGCAGCUCCCUUCCUGGAGCUGUUUAGCUUAUCCCUUCUUUUGGUCACAUUUCCUAUUCAGUUCCUUUGUUCAUUUUUGUGUUGGAUUUUGGGCAGAUUUCUUGAGCCACGCUCUUGGAUACAGUUUGUGCUUGUUCUGUGGUGCCAUCUGCUGCUGGUUGCUCCAGGUGACCACCUGCCCAAAAUAGAUGGGUCCCGGAGCAAAGCCCAGGCUCUGGGACCCAUCUAUUUUGUAAAAAGUCCACAUGUGCAAAGCAAUCCCCAAAUGCCAGAGGAGCCAAGAGACUAAAGAAGGGAGCAGACAAACCCAGUUUGUUAGUAUUGGGUGAUUUUUAAAAUUUAUUUUCGAGACAGAGUGUCGCUCUGUCACUCAGGCUAGAGUGCAGUGGCACGAUCUCGGCUCACUGCAAAUUCCACCUCCCAGGUUCAAGCGAUUCUCCAGCCUCAGCCUCCUGAGUAGCUGAGACUACAGGUGCUCACCACUGCAUCCGGCUAAUUUUUGUAUUUUUAGUAGAGAUGGGGUUUCACCAUGUUGGCCAGGCUGGUCUUGAACUCCUGACCUCAGGUGAACCACCCACCUCAGCCUACCGAAGUGCUGGGAUUACAGGUGUGAGCCACUGCACCCAGCCAGUAUUGGGUGAUUUAUUGAGGGAACUUACAGGCAGCAGGGUGGUCUUGGGUCUUCACUGUUACUCUCGGACCCAAGGCUUAUAUACCAUAGAAAAGGAGCUAUGCGCUCCAGCAAGAUAAUGAAUGGCAGCAUGCCACAGAAGCCAAGAAUCCCAUGUGGACCAUAACCCAGAAUUUGCACGAUAACAUCAAGCUUGCCUUGAUCUAAAAGCAGGAGUACAUAUUCUUAUACUCGGGACGGUAAAUAAAGUAGGAGUCAGGAGGCAUUCGUGGGACUGGGGCUAAUCAGCAGACAACAUGGCAAAUCCAUCUUGGGAUGGAGUCACUUUCAUCUUUACCUCAUUCCAGAAAGAUGUCAUUGUCCAAGCUUCCCAAGGAAUUGGGGGCCGCAGGCCCCUCUGGAUCCCAUUCCAUACAAGUGCCUGGAGCUGCUUCUUAUUAGUCUCAAUGACGCUAAGAAGCUGGCGACAAAGAUGAUUUCAGGUGCAGACAUGCCUGAGGAUGGAGGGCCAGGCCAGGCAUCUGGGGAAGGUGCUUGGUGCUAGGCAUUGGGUAGAAGCCUCAUUGAGUGUCAUCUAUGCCCCAGCAUCACCUGGAGCUUGUAGGUAUGUAGAGUCCUUGUUGCCAGCCCAGCUCGAUUUAAUCUGAAUCCAUUUUAUCAGGAUCCCAGGUUGAUUGAUGCACAUUGAAGUUUGAGAAGCUCUGCUCUAAGAAACGGAUUGCCCUGGAGCCUAGAGGAAUCACUGGAUAAGCAGCUGUAGACACCCAUCCUAGUUCUGGAAACAUCUCUAAAAUUGUUAUUGCUGAAAGGUGCAUUCAAUUUUGGUUGCCUGUCUCAUCUCUGGCUGCAUGUGAUCAUAUUUCUUGUGAGACCUUUGUAUUUUUUUGAUAAAUAUUUGCCAUAUGCAUAGUUUCCAUAGAUAGGUUCAUAGUGAACAUGCCUUUUUGUAUUCUUCUCUAUUUCACUUAAAACUGUAUCAACAGUUUUUUUUUAAUCUUGCUAGAUAUCAUUUUUUUUUUGAGGUGGAGUUUCACUCUUGCCAAGGCUGAAGUGCAAGGGCGCGAUCUCAGCUCACCGCUACCUCUGCCUCCCAGGUUCAAGCAAUUCUCCUGUCUCAGCCUCCUGAGUAGCUGGGAUUACAGGCACCUGCCACCAUGCCUAGCUAAUUUUUUUUUUUUUUUUGUAUUUUUAGUAGAAAUAAGGUUUCACUAUUGGCCAGGCUGGUCUCAAACUCCUGACCUCAGAUGAUCUGCCCACCUCCACCUCCUAAAGUGCUGUGAUUAUAGGUGUGAGCCACUGUACCUAGCCUAAAUAUAAUUUUUGAUGACUGCUUAUGAGUGUAGAAACUGCCCCCAUGAAAGCCAGCACUUCUCAAUACCUCUGGCUCCCGGGAUGUUGGGGGUGGGGGCAGCUCCAGCCAGCAAGUGGACCCUCUACUACUCAUUGUGAGAGGAACCCAUCUUACAGAGGAGGAUCAUGACUGGAAUUGGAGAUUCACGCCACAAAGACUGACUGGGAACCCCCAGAGGGUGCAAAACCUUAUCACAUCCUGGCUGUGAGUACUAAAAUCCUGCCUAAUGCUAGUCUUUCCUUUCUAAAGUAUUGGCCUGGCCUUUUUUUUUUUUUUCAUUAUAAAUGUAAUCCUAUUCAUUCUGAAAGAUAUACAAUA